AUGAAGACCUUCAUCUUCCUUGCUCUCCUGGGAGCUGCUGUCACUUUCCCCACUAGUGAUGAUGAUGACAAGAUCGUUGGGGGCUACACCUGUCAGAGGAAUUCUGUUCUCUAUCAGGUGUCCCUGAAUGCUGGCUAUCACUUCUGUGGCGGCUCCCUCAUCGAUAAAAAAUGGGUGGUGUCCGCAGCUCACUGCUACAAGUCCCAAAUCCAAGUGCGUCUGGGAGAAUACAACACUAAGGUCUAUGAAGGCAAUGAACAAUUCAUAAAUGCAGCCAAGAUUAUUCGCCACCCCAAGUAUAACUCAGCCACCAUUGAUAAUGACAUCAUGCUGAUUAAGCUGAGCUCAGCCGCCACCAUCAACUCUCAAGUGGCCACCGUCUCUCUACCAAGAUCCUGUGCAGCGGCUGGUACUCAGUGCCUCAUCUCUGGCUGGGGCAACACGCUGAGCAGUGGCACCAACUACCCUGACCUCCUGCAGUGUCUGAAGGCUCCCAUUCUCUCUAACACUGCUUGCCGCACAGCCUACCCGGGCAAGAUUACUACAAACAUGAUAUGUCUGGGAUUCCUGGAGGGUGGAAAGGACUCUUGCCAGAGUGACUCUGGUGGCCCUGUGGUCUGCAACAGCGAACUCCAGGGCAUUGUCUCCUGGGGCAAUGGUUGUGCUCAGAAGAACAAACCUGGAGUCUACACUAAAGUUUGCAACUACGUGAAAUGGAUUCAGCAGACCAUUGCUGCCAACUAA